GCCAUGACGACCCAGUACAAGGACCGAACGCUCAUAGCGACCAUCGGUGACGAGGACACUGUCACCGGCCUCCUCCUUGCCGGGACUGGGCACCUCGAGCGAGGCAAGAAGAACUUUGUCGUCGUCGACUCGAAGACGCCUCAAUCGACCAUCGAGGCCGCCUUUGCCGAGUUCACCGAGCGCAGCGACAUCGCCAUCCUCCUCAUCAACCAGCACGUGGCCGACCAGAUUCGGCCGCUCGUGGAGAAGUACACGCAGGCGUUUCCGGCCCUCCUCGAGAUCCCGAGCAAGGAUCACCCGUACGACCCGUCAAAGGACUCGGUUCUGAAGGCUGUGCGCAAGCUGUUCGGCGACGCCUAGACCCUCCUCUCUCGCUCUCCCCCUCUCGCUGUCAUACCCCCCUCGUCGUCCUGCAGUGUAUCUCUUUCUGCGCUCUC